CAUGGCUUGGAGCUCGCGCCUUCACUUGCUUUUCUUGUGUUGUUUCCUUCCCAUAGUUUACCUGGUAGCAUCCCAAUCUGAACAAGGAAGACAAUCACUGUGAGCAACCAUGGAAGACCAGUUUCGUCCCGAUGGGAUUAUGGAGAAGGAUGCUCCUCUCCAGCCUCCAGCAACAACCCCAGGUAUCCAGCAUAUGGGCGGCGAUGCUGCCCCCAUUCCUGAUCCCCUUCAGCCGUUGGAAAUUGAGGAUGGCAGGGAAGAUGGCGCCAACAUGCCCAGUGCCAGUCCCGUUGAUGAGCAUCAGGCAGAGCAGCAUGCGGUCCCUGUGGAACAGUCCAAGUCAAAGGAUGGUUCUGGCAGCAGCAAGUUGCCGCUCAUUUAUAUCAUCGUGGCCUUGCUUGUUGUGAUUGGAAUCAUUGUGGCAGGAGUCUGUGGCAGUGGCAACUGCAGCAGUAAGGGCUCCUCUUCAGAAGAACAGGAACUCAGCCCCAGAGAUAUGGAAGGCAUGGACAUCAAAGCCCAGCUGGAAAAGGUGUUAGGAAGCACUUAUUUUGAUGGUUCCACAGUCAGCACCGAACCCCAUCAAAAAGCACUCAACUGGAUCAUCCAUCAAGAUCCCAGCCAGUUGCCUCCGGAUUCCGUCCAUCUUCUCCAACGAUUUAUUUUAACACAGUUUUACUACAGUACAUCACAAGCCAGCCCUUGGAAAUUCUGUGGCGCUGCCACUGGUGCACAAACAGCUGAAUGCUACUUUCAAUUUCUGAAUCAAGAAUUCAUUAACGAGCGAUGGUUGUCCGGGGUUUCCGAAUGCCGGUGGGCUGGAUGUACUUGUGAAGGCGAAACAGAAAACAUUACUUCAAUUGAUAUAUGGCACAAUGACUUCACAGGGUCACUCCCAAGUGAGCUUGGAUUAUUGUCACAUGCAAUCGCUUUGUCUCUUCGAGCACAAAACUUUACUGGCACGAUACCCACAGAAAUAUACCAAUUGACAGCUCUUUCCAAUUUGGGGCUUUCCGGGAACAAUUUUACAGGAACCGUCAAUCCUGCUGUCUUCUCCAUGCCAUUAUUGAAUACACUCCAUUUUAGUUUUAACCACAUGACAGGCACCAUCCCAACUGAAAUUGGGCUCUUUCCAGGAAAGCUGCUCUUCUUUGCCAAAAAUUCUUUUACAGGAACGAUUCCUUCAGAAUUAUUUUCCACCAAAAAUACCACGGAUAUGCAUUUUGAACAUAAUGAGCUCUCUGGAACAAUUCCCACAGAAGUUGGGAUAUUAUCCCAGCAAGUCAGAGAAGACAAUGGUGGUCCUGGAUUGAAUUUCGCCGGCAAUAAUGCAUUGUCUGGUACAAUUCCAUCAGAGUUUGGGCUGGUGAACCAUCUAAAAAAUUUAUAUUUCACUGACACGAGCAUUGAAGGCACCAUUCCUGAAGAGCUAUUCUUGAAUUGCCUCGAUUUGAAGAUAAUCAUUGGUGAAAAUUGCAACUUGGGGGGUACAUUGAGCACCAACUUUGGAUUGCUCACAAACCUCCAAUAUUUACGGUUGGCCAACAACAACUUUGAAGGUAGCAUACCCGUGGAGUUUGAAGCCCUGACAGGAUUGAAAGAGUUUACAAUCAAUGGAAAUCCUGAACUCAGAGGGAUUAUUCCUGAUGACAUGUGCUUUGAGAAUGUUUGGAAUGCUCAAGGACUUGAGUUUGUAGCCGACUGUGCGCCUACCGCAAUCACGGGAAGUGAUGGUACUACCAGCAUGGGAGAACCAUUUGUGUCUUGUCCUGAAGGAUGUUGCAGUAUGUGCUGUGAUGGAGGGACUGGAAUCUGCAUGGAGCAGUAGCUCUCUGGAUAUUGAUUUGUGAGGACAGCCACAGUUAUUCCUGUGAGGCAGUAAUUUGCCCAAGCCCAUCGUGCGCCCACCAAACGCAAGAAAAUUGCGUGUAAACAAAAUGUUUUGUUUAUGACUGACUAGCUAUGUAGCCAGCCACUACAUGGAAGUGGAUAAUUUACGAAAGCAAAUUCUUGGGCAUGGAAGACCA